AUGAGUAGCAAGCUCUGGGGAUUUUUCUUCUACGAUGACGUCGAGAGCUUCCAGCGGCUCCUGGCAACGGCCACCUUUACGGCGGGCAGCCAGCGAGCCGGAACUGGAGGGGCCUCCAACUUCAAGGUCGGAAGCCCCGCCACAGCAGUGACAGUGACAGCCUCCUCCUCUUCCUCCUCCCCCUCCGGCAUCGCAACCAGGAGCAAGAAGCUGGCCGGCACCUCCCCAGGCCCUGGAACCCCCGCCCCCGAUCGGUUCUCCGGCUUGCGCCCGGGCAAGACCCUCUCCCGAGACGAACUGAACGCCCGCGAUCACUACGGCCGAACUCUCCUGCACCAUGUGGCCUCGUCCCCGAAACCCUCCGCUAUCGACUUCGCUAUCGCCCUACUGGAGGUUCCCUCCCUUGAUAUCUAUGCGCAGGACUGGGAGAGCGGGUGGACGGCCCUGCACCGCGCCCUCUAUGCGGGGAAUGCUACGAUCGCGCAGGCGCUGAUGGCCCGGGAUGUCCGCGAUGCGACGGACUUCAGCAAAGUGAGCAGUUCCGGACACCCCAGUGGAGGCUUGAUCAAGAUCAAGGAUCGGGAGGGUUACAGUCCGUUUGACAUCUACGGGUCCACGAUCGCGUCUCGGGAUAUCAAGCGUCUUGUCUCCCCUACGACUGGCCAGACUCCUUUGCUUGCAGACCUGGAGAACAGUGACGCUGCGUCGGACUUGUCCUCUCCGGAGGACGAUUUCGAUGAAGAUGGCCGGCUUGGGAGGCAUACUUUGAAGCCAAAGACAAAUCUGUCCGGCGAUGAGGUGUUCACUUUCGGGAGUAACAAGAAUCUGAACUUGGGUGUCGGAGAUCAAGAUGACCGUCAGUUUCCCGAAAGAAUCGCUCUCAAGCGACCCGAACAUCUCCUUCAGCGUUUCUAUCGGGAGUAUCAGGAGAGACAGCUGGAUGAUGAUAGGCUUGACGAGCCGAGCCAGUCCAUGGAUUUGCCGGCUCUCGUGAAGAACAAGCCCAUCAAGAUUCAGGAUAUUGUCAUGUCAAAACUUCACACGGCCAUUCUAACCACCGACCCUGAAUCAAACCUGUUUCUGUGUGGGUUCGGUCCCGGUGGUCGUCUGGGUACUGGGGACGAAUCAACGCGGUUCAGCUUUGUGUGUAUCGAGACAGGGGGCCUCGCAAAUCGGAAGGUGGUUUCUGUUGCUCUUGGUCAGGAUCAUACCCUGGCGAUCACGGAUCGCGGGGAAAUCUUUAGUUGGGGAAGCAACAAAUUUGGUCAACUCGGAUACAGUCUUCCAAGAAGCAACAACCGGGAUGAUGUGCCGAUCCAGAAUGCGCCGCGUCAAAUAUUCAACCCCUUCAAGAAGGAAGUUAUUCUUGGGGCGGCGGCAUCUUCGAUUCAUUCGGUUGUCUUUACCACAUCCGGUCUUUACACGUUUGGCAAGAACGAAGGACAGCUUGGGCUUGUCGAUUCCGACGCUCGGUCGCUGGAAACACAAACCACGCCCCGGCGUGUCGGAGCAUCGCUUUUCAGCGCACCAAUACAAAGUGUUUCCGCGAUUGAUCAGGCGACAGUAGUUCUUCUCCAGAAUCACGAGGUCUGGGUAUUUUCACAAUACGGGUAUUCGAAGCUGUCGUUUCCUUUGGAUGUCAGCUCGAGAUUCAUAAAGGACAGUUUCAUGGCCACGCGGUAUGGUUCGUCUGUGAACCAGAUUGUCAAAGUCAAGUCCGGAGGGAAUGCCAUCUGUGCGCUGUCCAGUUUCGGUGAGGUGUUCAUGGUCCAGGUCAAUAAAACGGAAAACCCGCCAAGUUCGACGUCGACCACGAAUCCAUCUAAGACCCGGAAUUCGCUGUCCCUACCGACUCGGGUCUGGUCUAUCAAGAAAGCAUAUAUGGCCGCUGCAGAUGUUGAUGUCGGACAGGAUGGUUCAGUCAUUAUCAGCACCGUAUCCGGUUCUGCGUGGAGGAAAGAGAAGCGCGGAAAGGCGAAAGAUGGUGCGUCGAAAGACUACAAGUUUGCUCGUAUACCUGGGCUUUCUCGAGUCAUUGGUGUUUGCAGCAAUGCCUUUGGGGCGUAUGCAGCUGUUCAACGUGACUCAGAAGUGACAAAGGAACAGAUCAACAUUGACGAGUCAACCCUGUGGAAGGAUCUUUUACCGUUAUCUCCCUUCAGUCUGCUAGGGGAAGCGAUGAGUUCAGUGGACCAAGUUGAUGACCGGGUUGCUUCCUUAAACUUGGUGCAUGUCUCGGCUAUCAAACAAGCUGUCAUGUCGUCUUCAGAGAUUGAGCCCUACUUUCAAACAUCGCAGUCAAAAGCACCAGCUGGCACUGUCUGGCUCAUGACAACACUAUCUGACAUACGGAUACCUGUUCACGAGUUCAUUUUAACCGGGCGCAGCUCCGUGUUGAGGAAAGCAUUCAGAGACUUCCGCCGUGAUCUCCAGGGCUCCAUUCCUGAUGUCAUGACCAUUCAACAUGACGACCAAGGCCAGACACAAUUAGUAAUACCCGCUGUUGAUGUCUUCACUGUUCUGAACAUCGCCUUUUUCAUGUAUACAGACAGCGCCCUCGAAGUCUGGCAACAGUUUAAAUACUCGCCGGAAAGUGCUCCAAGAUAUCGUCAAGUCCGUAACGAGGUGAUGCGUGUUGCUAGUCACCUGGGCCUAUCAACGUUGGAAAGGGCCGCCAGACUGAUGAUUGAGCCAACCAGAGCCCUGAAAAUUGACAUGGAGCGAGCUAUCAAAGACCCAACCUUUUUUGAUAGUGCGGAUGUGAUCAUCGAGCUGAAGGGCAAAGAAGUGAGGGCUCACAGCCAAGUGAUCUGCCAACGCUGCCCGUUUUUCUACGCGUUAUUUGUUGGUCGCUCAGGGGGCGAAUGGAUAUCGUCACGCCGUGGUAAUCCGGGAGAUCUCAUUCGUAUCGACCUCAAGCACAUCGACCGGGGUGUUUUCGAUUUCGUUCUUCGGUAUAUGUAUGCAGACACCGAGGUGCAACUAUUCGACGAAGUCCGAUCGAAGGACAUUGAAGAUUUUAUUGACUUGAUCCUCGAUGUUGCGUUUGUCGCCAAUGAAUUGAUGAUCGACAGAUUAGCUCAAGUAUGCCAAAAGAUGCUUGGAAUGUUUGUGAAUACACGCAACGUAUGCCAUCUGCUCAACGCCAUUGUGCCGUGCUAUGUGACAGAGUUCAAGGAUGCUGCGUUGGAAUACAUAUGUUUGAACUUGGAGGACCUGCUGGCAAACAGGAAUCCCACUUACACGUAUUUCAGGUUACUGGAGGAUCUCGAUGAGAUCUUGCUCGAGGCACUUGAUUCUGUGUGCCGCGAGAACCAAAUGACCAGCUUCCCUGUUUCGCGAGGGCGCAACUUGGAAGAAUACGUCUUGGAGAGAUAUCCCGAAGUUGUUUCGCUGAUAGAGGAGGACAGAAAGCGGAGAAUCGAUUCUAUGAGAAUCCGAUUCCGCCUUAAUCGUACUGAUGUGCUUGAUGGAAAGCCACGUAUAGCGAACAGUGAGAAGGCAGGUAUCUCGCCAUUAGCGCAGAAGGUCAAGCCCAGCCCGGCGAAAGACAACUUAACACCGGCGACUCGUAGCCCGAUGUUGAAAUCAAAGCAGUCUAGCGGUGAUCUGAUGUUUCAAAUGGACGACGAAUACCUUCUGUCCCCUGGCGAUUCCGUGAAAGGGAAGACUCCAGUUCGGGAUGCUAAAUCCUUUGGUGGAAAUGGAUAUCGGCCAUCUCUGGAUUCGCCAGUUCUCGGGUCCAGUCUGCCAGACGGGGAAUCUUUUGAAGACCGGGGCUAUCUGGAUGAUCAAAUGGCCACCCCGCAAGAUAGUGUUCCCGAGUCACCGUCCGAAUCCCGAGCUGCAGCGCUCUACAGGAACAGGAACGGAAACGGCUCCUUUACACCACCUGACGCGAGUCAGCCAUGGAGCUCGUCCGUGAUAUCAUCGUCCAAGAAGAACCUGAAGGAUAUCAUGAGUGAGGCGUCAGGAAAGCGGGUGUCGAACCUGAGCAUGAGCAUGGGAGCUCGCCGAGAGAACAACAGCAACGCCACAUCCAAGCUAUCACAGAAGGAGCGCAAGAAGCUCCAACAGCAGCAGAUGCAGGACAUGUUCGCCGCUCAGCAAAAGGCCAAGGAAGCAUCCCAGAAUCCCUGGAAGUUGCCUACCCCAAGCAAGUCUGCUCCUCCGGUCAGCAUCAAUGGACAGGAUAGUCCAUCUGCAGUGCCCACCAAGUCAGCCUCAAAAACCCCCAUGACUCUCCGUCAAACGGUUGCCGGCACGCCACCGCCCGAUGCAAAGCCCAAAGCAAGCCCAGCACCAACGCAAGGCCGCAGCCCUUCCAUCAGUGUCCAGACACCCCCGAGGUCUUCGGUUUCGGGACCCUCAACCUCCGCAGCACCCCCGACUUCCAACAUCUCGUCCACCCCUCAACCUUCCAUCCAGUCCAUCCGCCACAUCCCUCGCCCUGAACCGUACCAAACGAGCUUCCAUUCCCCAUCUCCAAACUCUCUAUCCCUGGCCGCCAUCCUGAUGCAACAACAAACGGAAAAGAACGAACUGCACGAAGCCGCAACAGCCAAGCACAAUCUCGAAGAAAUCCAACAGGAGCAAGAGUUCCAGGAAUGGUGGGACAAGGAGAGCAGACGUAUCCAAGGGCUUCCGGAACCCAGUCCGACUCCCAAACCAACAACCACCACCACAACCAAUAAUCAAGGAAGAGAUGCCCGAAAUAACCGCGGACGUGGUAAAGGCCAGGGCCAGGGUCAGAGUCAAGGUCAAAGUCAAGGCCAAGGCCAGCAACGCAAACGACGCGGAAAAGGCAAUACCAACGCCACCAAUACCGUGGACACACCUACACCCACCCCAUCCCCAGCGGCACCACCACCUCCAACAGGUGCAUCCUCUUCCUCCUCCCACCCCCCUCCACGAAAAACCUCCUCACACGCGCCCAGAGGCAAACCCACAGCCCCCCGUCCAGACCAGCCGCAACGCCCACCAAACGGGAACCACGUAGACACAACCGGUGGCAGCUCCCGUCACGGUGGCAGUGGUGGUGGUGGUCACAGAGGUGGUGGUAGAGGCGGU